UUUAGUAUGUACAGAUACAUUAAGAUUACAUUAUCAUCAAAGAAACUCAAAAUGCGUUUUGUGGUGCUUAUUAGUCUGGACGCUGCGGUGAUCCUAUGUGUGCUGAGUCCGUCGUACAGUGCGCCGGUGGCGCCGACUGUACAGACUGUACAGUCUGGAACGGAGACGACCACGUAUAUGCCCAUCUAUCGGAAGCUGCAGAUGCAGUGUAAAUUCUGCAAUACGGGCCUGCUGCAGACCAUCUAUGAUCGCGAGACCGGUCAGCCCAACGCCACGGCCGGCCUGAGCGCGGAGGAGCAGGAGCUGCAGGAAGAAGCCCACCCCGACCCCCACAAGAGCUACGGCAUCGACACCUGGGCCACGUGGUACGUGGGCCGUCGCAAGCGCCAGCAGGCCCUGCCAGUGCCGCCCUUGAUGAUCAUCGCACAGUAACCAACCGCUUGCUGCCUGCGCGUGUACAUAGGCCAGGCAGCGAAAUUCAUAAUUAUUACUAAUUACGGUUAAUUACCUAUGCGCACAUUGUUCACGUAUUGUGUCUUAUGGCUUUAAUAGCAGUGUACUGUAGAUAAAGUGGCUGCUUCGUUUUUAACGCAUACUGCGCUAACAAGCGCUU